GAGGUCCCUGUUAAACGGCAUUUUCACUCCGUCCCCCCGCUCAGUAGCGCCUCAACCCCGGCGAUGUGGAGUAGCCGCAUAUCGCUCCGUAGACUCCAGCAGAUCGCAGUCGGCGCCCACGGCAGACUGGACGCUAUGCAGCGUGCGAUGUCCACCUUACCCCGGGUUUAUGUUACCCGCAAGGUGCCACCAGAGGGACUGAAGAUACUUCGCCAGUCUGGACAAGUGGAAUUUGAACUCUGGGAUUCUGAUGACCCCGUUCCUCGCUCCGAGCUGCUGGAAAAGGUGAAGGGGGUGAACGGCCUGCUCUGCAUGCUGACAGAGCAGAUUGAUGCUGAAUUGCUGGACACUGCAGGGCCCAACCUUAAAGUCCUGAGCACAAUGUCUGUGGGAUUCGAUCACAUCUCUCUGGACGAGAUAAAGAGGAGGGGAAUCCGUCUGGGUCACACGCCGGAUGUCCUGACUGAUGCGGUGGCAGAACUCACCAUAGCCCUGCUGCUGACCACCUCCCGGCGUCUUAUAGAGGCGACCCAUGAGGCCAAAACUGGUGGCUGGGGUACUUGGCGGACCAUGUGGCUGUGUGGUUAUGAGCUGGCCAACAGCACUGUGGGAAUCCUGGGACUGGGCAGGAUCGGGCUGGCUAUCGCUGAGCGACUGAAGCCCUUCAAAGUGAAGAAGUUCAUUUACACGGAUGUUACACCAAGACCGGAAUUGGCCAGUCAGAUAAACGCUGAGUAUGUAUCGCUGGAGCAGCUAGCUAAAGAGUCAGACUUCUUGACAAUUUGCUGCGCGCUCACCCCGGAGACACAGGGUAUCUGCAACAGGAAGCUGUUUUCUCAGAUGAAGAGCAAUGCCAUCUUCAUCAACACCAGCCGAGGAGGGGUGGUGAAUCAGGAGGACCUGGUGGAGGCUCUGUCCACCGGUCAGAUCGCAGCAGCCGGAUUGGAUGUCACCACACCAGAACCACUUCCCACGGACCACCCCCUCUUCAAGCUGAAAAACUGCGUGAUCCUUCCCCACGUCGCCAGCGCGUCCUACGCCACACGUAACGCCAUGUCCGCUCUGGCAGCCAACAACCUGCUGGCCGGGCUGAGGGGAGAGCCUAUGCCGAAGGAGCUGAAGCUGUAGGGCCUCCGCCGUGAGCCACAGCGCCCCCUGGCUGCCAACCUGGUGACUUGUGUGGCUUUAUAAUGUCAUUUUUUGAGGGAAGAGAAAUGCCUUGUGCUGAUAUAUGUGCAUGAAGUUUUUAUUAUGAAAUAUAUCGUGUGAUUUUAAUGUGUUUUAUCAUCAACACAUAUUUAGUUCACUUGGAUUAAUAGACAAUGGGAACUGUAUAAAA